AUGCUGUCAUACAUGGAGUCGGGCAUCGUGAGGCAUUUGCAGACCAAAGACUUGCCGGAGGCGGUCAUCUGCCCGCUGAACCUGGGCAGCAAGGAGAGGCAGCUCCGCAACUCGGACCUGUAUACCACGUACGCGGUCGUGGUAUGCGGGUUCUCGAUGGCCGCGGCCGUGUUCACGCUCGAGCUGCUGUCCACGCGCACCGGUUGGUUCGUGGCCGCCGACCUCGCCCGCCGCUCGCAUGAUCCUCUGUGCGGUGGCGCGGUCCGUCGCGAGAUCUCGGCCUUUGGCCAGCCGUCCAAGGCCAUGUACCCGUUCAGCCACCGGGACAACGUCAUGAACGCCGCGUCCGCCACGCACUUUCCGUUUCGCGGAUCGUCGUCUUCGACGUCGUUGCCGUCGUCGUCGUCGUCGCCGUUUCUGUUGUUGGACGGCAAAUCGUCGUUGAGGCGAUUUCAGUACUGA